GGCGGGGCGAGGUGUUGGGCGUCGAGGAGAAGUUUGGUUGACAAACCGUAACCAGCAGAAGGUGACGAGUUUAAAAAAUUGGAUUAUUUGCUUGUGUGUUUGGGCUUUACGUCGCGGGAAUGCUCGCAGGGCUUGUUGGACGGGCGGGACCGCGUUUAGAUUCCCGUCACUUUUAAAAGUCUUCCUCUUCCGUUUGGCUGGAGGACUCGGAGGUCGUUGGACUCCCGAUGCUGGGCGACGGAGAGCCGCAGCGUGUUGCUACAGAGUUCAAGAAACCACAAGUUAACACGAGACGGGAAGAGGCUCUGUGCUGUGCUUCACUGUGCUGUGCUAGCUGGCUACAUGUGCUGUGUAUGAAUUUAUAACUGGAGCUGACAGGGACAGAGAUACACCAGCCCCUGCUGUUUUUAUGUUAUUUAUUUAUUUUUAAAGCGCAGUUGUUAUUAUUAUUAUUAUUAUUAUUAUUAUUAUUAUUAUUAUUAUAAGUGCAAGUUGUCAGAAGAAAUACAGGGCUCACUCUAGUGCGCCUGGAAAACUGUAAUUUUAUUUAAUAAGCCAUUUCAGAUGUUAGAUAUUAAUAUUCAUACUUAUGUGGAAUAUCAGAGGACACACACUCACACACACACACACACACACACACACAGAGUUGUGGUUGUAAUUUUACUGGGUUGCAGCAGAGUGUCAGACAGACGCGCGUGAAGUUGUAGGGAAACUUUAAUCAGGUCAGUGUGGUGAUGAGUGCUGAUGUCUGGACUCCUUACAGUGUGAUGAUGGAGUUGUGUUGCUCAUCUUAACACACACACGCGCACACACACGCACACACACAGCGGAUGGAUUUCCCUGUUGCACCCUGCGCCUGCUCACAGCCUGUGGAUUAACUCCUAUACCUAACUCUUAUCGUAUUGCCCUUAUCAUUACGCUGUGAUCCACAGAUAGUAGCUUUUAGGCUUUUACCAUUUUUAUUUAACACAUAAUGAAAAGUUUGUGAAGUGACCUUUUGGAGCAUCCCUAAUUUAUAGGGGCUGGUCAGUUUGUUGAUCGUACCCAUGUUGUCUUGCUUGUAUGCGCACAGACUGUAUAAACACGUCUAGCACUAGUUUGGGUUAGAAAAAGAAAAGCGAGCUGAAGCAGGAAGCCGGCGGAAAUGGCCGGAGAGUGCACGUACAGCGCGCGCGCCGCCGCCGCCGCUGAUGACACUUUGUGUCCUAGGGAGCGACAGGAGCAGUUCCGCGGCUACCUCAGUGGCGCCUCCUCCUCAUCCUCCUCUUCCUCAACCGCCUCUUCAUCGACCUUGUUCGAGACCAUCGGCGGUUUUCUGUACCGUAAAAAGUUGGAGAAAGGCUUUGUGCACUACCGCGAGGUGCUGGCUGAAGACAAGCGGCUCCACUCCAUCCAGGCUUUCCACGCGAGGACGCCCGGGAGCCCUCACCACACCCUGGAGGACACGUACCGGCUAGUGGCAGAGCACUACUGGUGGGAAGGAAUGUACUUUCAGGUCAGAGACUUUGUUCUGGGUUGUGAGGAAUGUCGUCUAAGGCAGGCUGAAAAAGCAAAGUGCUCAAACAUGGGGAACCUGUCUAAGAUAGUGAAAUCACAUAGUCAAGAAGUUCUGAGCAAGCUGAAUAGCCAACGAGAGGCUGGGCUGUUCUGUGACAUUACACUGAAAACUGGUAGUGGCCACUCGUUUGUUGCCCACAAGGCAGUGUUGGCAGCUGUGAGCGAGUAUUUCCAAGAACUAUUUACUGAAAUGGACUUCACCACUGAACCUCAGCCACAUAUUGACCUCACGGGUUUCAGUGAGGAGAGCUUGCUUGCUUUGCUUGAGUUUUCCUAUACAUCCACCCUGACUCUGAACUUGGGCACACUGACAGAGGUAGCAGCAAUGGCUCGCCACCUCCGCAUGUGGCCUGCUCUGGAGGCUUGUUCUGCUCUACAGAGUGAGCAAGAGGCUGGCCAGCAAUCCUCCAAACUGCUAAAUCCCACAGGAAUGCCCUCUGUAAUGCCUGGGUUUUCCUCUAUGAACACCUUGAGAAACCAAAGCUCCCCCUCAGGAAGGACAGCAGGGUUUAAAAGAAAAAGGGAGAAGGAACAAGAGGGAGCCUCAGGGCCUUCCUGGAACAGCACAUUGCAGAGCAGAGUACACAUAGUAGAUGGGACUGAUGAAUCUGACAGAGAAGACAAUGAUCAAACAUUAUCUGCCCAGUGCCAAAGCCAGGCUCUUUCCAGUCUCCAGACCGAGGAUAAUGGCUUUCCUUGCAGCCCAACUCGCAGAAUGAAACUUAUGGACUUCAAAUCUCCAUCCAGCAAGAGGAAAUUGUCCCCUCACCCCUUAUCAUCAGUCAUCCAAACAUCUCCCUCUACUUCCACUCGAUCCUCCUCUCCUUCCCGCCGGCUGCUUCGUUCCACACCAGGAGCUGCACUAGCCCUGCGUAGGCUCCUACCCAAAAUUGACCUCUCUUCCAAGAGGAAGAGGAAGUCCUCCUCUUAUCAGCGGAUAUAUCAGGUAAAGAGUGAUUUCUCUGUGGAACCGUCUCGAUCUCAGCCAAAUCCAGUAAUCCCAGUGAAAGUGAAGCAGGAGGCAGAGGAGAAAGAAGUGUGCAGUGCAAUCCCACAGGAUGAAGUGCACAGUCCUCGUGCUCAGGAGAAAUAUCGACUACUUAGUUUCCUUGGCUUGCAGAGGAAGUCCCUCAUGCCUGGCCCAGAAGAGCUCUCUGGCUGGGGACAAAAAAAGAGACUUAGGAAGUUGAAAGUGAGUGACUACUCUCUUACAGCACGACGCAAACCCCGUACACAAAGUCUAGGGGGAAUUGCUUCUGGCCUGGGAGGUUUAGUGGGAGUCAACUCCUCGAUGUCCCUCUGUGACAUGACCAGAAUGGAUCUUCUGAAGAAAGUGAUAAAAGUAGAACCCCAUGUUACCGUGGACAAGAAAUUCAAAAGGAAAAACAACACAGCUGGUCAAAUGGAGCAUUUGAGUGUUAGGACCACACGCAGCCAAUCAAUGAAGGUAGACUCAAGGGGGACUCAUAAUGAUCGUCCGUUAAGAAACCGUUCUAGCAGCCCAAACAAACCAUUACCUCGACCUCCAGGUAGAGAAAGGGUCACAGUGCAAGGAGCCCAUGUCCCUCCAAAGAAGGUUACAACAAGGACAAAACAGGAACCCCGAGAGUAUGCCAUCUCACAGACAGCCCCCUCCCACAUUGGUACUCGGCGCAGUCAGGGACCCACAGUAACUCCUCCUAAAGCCAGAGUAUCAGCCCCUAAGAGCGGACCACCAGUAGAUCGCUCACUAAGAAUCACUACCACAGAAUCAAAGCGUAUGUUGCGCUACAACAUUGGACGAUCGACCACAGACAAGCGCAAAGGUACAAGACAAAACAAGUCAGGCCAAGAAAAGACCAAACAGAGAAGAGGAGUGUGUAAAGCAAACAAUGUCAGAGAGGACAAAAAGAACAUGGCACCUAGAAAGAGAACAGAAGAUGAGGUGGCAGAUCUUAAGGGUACAAGAGGUUGGGAUUUUUCCAAUACCAACCACCAGCACUACAAUAAUCCUCUGUAUAGGGUUAUAAAAGAAGAGCCAGCAGACCCUCUACCCCUGACCCAGCCCUUCCUAAAUAGUGAUGCUUCUGACCUGGGUAAACGUCAGAGCAAACCACCUGUGAAACUCUUAGACCAAGGUUUUCUCUUUGGGCUUUGCCGAUCAGGUGGAAUCAAGAGGGAGGAGGAGAGUGUGGACAUCUGCUUGACUCGCUCUGUCUCUCACAGUAGUGCUUCCCAUAGCAACACAUCACCUGGCAUUGUCAGAAGAGAUCGGAUUAGAGCAAGGAUCACGUCAGAGGGAUCUGGGCUAAAUGGACCUCACUGGGCUGGGCUUGGCAACAGGUCAACUUCCUCUUCUCAACGGGUGCUUGUCCGAGUGAAGAAGGAAGAGGAAAAGAUAGAUGUAUCCCAGCAGUCAAAAGCUAACAGAAGUUUUAUACACCUCAAAGACAACAAAGGGAGCUGUAAGGUUAAAAGAGAGCCACCAAAGACAAAGAAUGUAAACAAGUUGUAUCCUGUGAGCAGUCGGCGCACUGUUAUGCUGGAGUCCAUCCGACGUGCUCGCUUUAACCAGCAAAAGGGUCCCCGUGGUCAGUCCUCUGGUGGAGCUCAUGCGUGCCUGCAGUGUAGAGCAUCUUACAGAGACUGUGAUGGCCUCAUCAUGCACCGAAUCAGGCACAUUGAAGGCAAACACUGGCCAUGUCCUUUGUGCAGUAAGACAUUCUUCAGACAGAAAAAUGUGAGAAACCACAUAAGGACACAUAAUCCCAAACUCUACAAAUGCCGUCAGUGCAUUGCUUCUUCUUAAGGUGGAGAACACUGGGACAAAAAAGAAUAAGGCUGGCUUUUUUUUUUUGUUUUUUUUAAUUAUUUAAUUUUUUUGGAAAUAUGAAACUGUAAAUACCUGAAUGUCAUGUAAUGUGUUACAUGAGAUGAAGUUCAGUCUAUAGAUGUAAUUAUGGUUAUUGGUAUUCUGUGAUUUUUUUUUUUUUUUUUUUUUUCCCCGUACAAUAAUAGUAAUUGUUAUUUAAAUAAUCAAACUGAAGAUGUUCUGCAGUUUAGAUAGAUGGGGAACUUGAACCAUUGAUGUUUCUCUCAGGGGAUGGAGCCUGGUGGUAAUGGCGAUAUUUGUAAAUGAGGAUUGUGUAGAAUGCUUUAAGAAGAUUACUACUAUUGUAAUUACUGCAAUUAUAAUAUUAUUGUUAUUACAGUUAUUUUUAUAAAUAGUAUAAUCUUGAGUGCACUUAAAAAGGUAGCUUUGUUUUGAAACCUAAGAAUACUUGUCAAGUGGUCAGGUGAGAGUUCUGGGAUCUACUUGAAUGGUGGCUGAGGUGGAGCUUUUGAUCUGCCUGUUGUUCAUGGUAAUUUGAUGAUAAAUUAGAAAUUAAACAAGACAGAGGUUAUCGUCACUGAAUCAUUUUCUAAAGGGAUGGUUGGAGGAAUUAAAAUUUAUUGCCUUUGACUGUAGAUGGAAAUGCCUGUCUUUGCUUAUAUUUGCCAUUUUGAUCUUUGUUGACGGGCAGAUUUCGUAUCUCUGUUUUAAAAUAAGGGAAUCCCAACAGGUCUAAAUGUGACUUUUUACAAUAUGUUUUCCGUAUAUUGCUGUUUUGGAAAUUUGUUUUUAAUGAGGCAAUUGAAUACCUUCUCAGAUUGAGAGCUUUUUUUUUAAGAUCCAAAGCUUCCACAGGAUUUAAUGCAGUGAAGUUGUAUGAAGUUUUAAAUGUAGUGACUUUAGUCUGAAACCACAUCUGUUUCCAAACUGUAAAAAGACCAAUAUCAAUAUAAAUAAAUUUCGAAUUUUACUCUGCAAUUGUGUGGCAAUAUUGUCAUACCACAGAAUAUAGUGAUGAUGUCUUUGGAAUAAUUAAGAUACAAAGAGCAUAAGAAAAUUGGGUCUCGCUAUUUUUUGUGAUUAUUGAAAUAUUUUGUAUUUCUACUAGUCUGUGGCAUCUUAAAUAUUUGUAACCUUUAAAACUUUUGCAUUGAUGGCAUAAUUUCAGGAUGUUACAGUAAGCUGUAAGCCCUGAGGAAGUGUAUCAGCACAGCCCACUGUCAGCAUUUCUUUAACAAUUCUGUUUUUUUAAAUAUGCAUGACAGGCUUAUUGUGGCAAGCAUGAAAUACAUGAAAGUCCACUGUAGUUCUUUGUGUACUAUCGUGCAUUUAAAAAAAUUCUGAUGUGGGCUGCAAAAUAGUCAAUCCUUUUAUCUUCUGCAAUAAAAUGGCUACAGAAAUAUCA